ACUGAUUCACUUUGCAUUUAGAAUUCGUCUGAAGCGGACGCUUCGGGAUUCGAUGCUUAGUCAUCGUUAUACACAGUACAGUUAUAACUGUACAUUGGUUUUAAUUCUGUAUUUUUAAUACACGUGUUUUAAUUUACAGUUGGUGGGGACACCAACUUCGGAAGUACAACCUGGCAUAUAGAGUCGUACUCUGCCAUUUCGAUUAAAGUCCAAAAAAAAAAAAAAAAAAUAACUGAUUAACGCUAGCCAUAAAACUUAGGAAAAGAAACGAAUCCUCAAGGUUUCUAAAAACAAGAACGCCUCCAAAUAAUUUUCUUUCAUCUUAUAUUUCCCUUUUGCUGCUUGUUUUGUACGGAAAAAAAUACAAUCACGGAUUCAAAAAAGAUUUCAAUAGAGGAGCCCGACGAAAGCACCCCUCUAAUGGAAGGCCACGUCGGUCCUCAAAUAAGUUGUAAUAAUUCAUUAACAGGUGGAGCUGAUAGGCGACGGCAACGCGUAGUGGAAUUGGUAAAUAAUUAUGGUGGAACACAAACCGCGGGGGAGGGUAGAGAUCAAUCGGAUGGGGCUAUACUAGAUGUGCCCGGCGUUGAGAUAAGAAGCCGGCGUCAACGUAACACUAACAAUGAUGGUAAUCCAACGGACGCGGCACCGGGGCCUUCUAAUUUACCUAAUCCCCAGGGCGAAGAUGAGGAGCAAGGAUUAAAAUAUGGGGCCCAGCACGUUAUUAAAAUAUUUGCUCCAGUCUCAUUGUGCAUGCUUGUGGUGGUGGCCACAAUUAAUUCCAUUACAUUCUACACAUAUACCGAUACUUAUUUACUGUAUACACCAUUCCAUGAGCAAUCGGAAGAUAAGGGAACGAAAUUGUGGAAUGCCUUGGCCAAUUCGCUUAUAUUACUUACAGUGGUGGUAGUUAUGACCAUUGUCUUAAUUGUGCUCUACAAAAAGCGCUGCUAUAGGGUUAUACAUGGAUGGCUGAUACUAUCCUCCUUUAUGCUAUUGUUUAUAUUCAGUUAUUUGUAUUUGGAGGAACUACUAAGGGCUUAUAAUAUAGCCAUGGAUUACCCUACUACUCUUCUCAUAUUAUGGAAUUUUGGGGUCAUGGGUAUGAUUGCUAUACAUUGGCAAAGUCCUUUGAAAUUGCAACAGGCCUACCUGAUUUUUGUUUCUGCCCUAAUGGCCUUGGUAUUUAUCAAAUACUUACCAGAAUGGACAGCAUGGGCCGUACUAGCUGCCAUUUCAAUAUGGGAUCUUGUUGCAGUGCUUACUCCUAAAGGACCACUGCGCAUUUUAGUGGAGACUGCUCAGGAAAGAAACGAACAAAUUUUCCCUGCCUUAAUUUACUCAUCUACAAUUUUAUACACAUUCAUGGGCACUACUGGGCCUGGACAACAGCGUAAUAAUUCAUCUGGCUCAAAUUCACCUAACUCGCCGCAUACCUCCACUAGUUCUACAUCCGUUUCUCGUCAGACAGGUAACACAGCUCCGAAUGCUGAAGGUAUGCCUCUAGUGACAUUUAAAAUGCGCGGAAAUGAAGCUGCUGGUUUUACUGAAGAAUGGUCUUCGAAUUUGAAUGAACGUGUUGCAAGGCGCCAAAUUGAAGUUCAGGCAAGUACUUCGGAGAAUGCCAAUCGUUCAACAAAUUAUCGCACAGUUACUGCUUCAGAAAAUCGCCAACAGCUGGGUAGUAACAUGACAGAAGCCCAAGAAGAGCGUGGAAUAAAGCUCGGUUUAGGGGAUUUUAUUUUCUAUUCCGUUCUUGUGGGUAAGGCUUCAUCCUAUGGAGAUUGGGCCACCACCAUAGCCUGCUUUGUGGCCAUCUUAGUAGGUUUGUGUUUGACACUGGUCCUUUUGGCUAUUUGGCGCAAAGCUUUGCCGGCUUUGCCCAUAUCAAUAUUCUUUGGACUAUUUUUCUGUUUAAUUACCAGUGUAAUUGUAAAACCUUUUAUGGAAGAGUUAUCCGAUCAACAAGUUUUUAUAUAAAACCCUAGCCGCUGCCGGUUAUUGGCCGAAAAAGAAAAGCAUACAAAUGACACUAAUCUUGUAUUAUAGUAUUCAGUUAUACAAUUAUUUGUAUCUUAAUUUUAAUCAGUAAUAAAAAAGGACUGUUAAUUCUAAUAAAAUAAAGGGAUAACCCCAAAAAAAAAAACUAAACGAAA